AUGAAUAGAAAAUGGAUAAAGUCGAUUGAUGUAGUGCAAAAUAUGCUAUCACCAAGGCAUCCACGGAAUAGCCGCAUUAUUCAAGCGGUUCUUCUGGGAUGUGUCGAAUCACAGAAACGGUGGAUCAGCUGUUCAACAGCCUCAUUCCGCAGCCACUAUGAUUCGCUAGGCGUGACGCCUCACGCCACUCAAAACGACAUAAAACAAGCAUACUACAAGUUAUCCAUGCUUUACCAUCCGGAUAAAAACAAAGGAAGCGAUGUGGCCGCUGAAAAAUUUCGAGACAUCACGGCGGCAUACGAAAUACUCGGAAAUUAUCGUCUUCGCAAACUGUACGACAAGGGUAUUCUACAUACAGCCGGACGGCAAUACGCCAGCGAAGCACCAAGUGAGGCGGAGGAAACAGAAGACGAUGCACAGACUCGAUUCUACAAGAAACGCAUGAGCCGGACACAAGCACCAACAGCCACGGGCCGAACUCCCAUUUACGACUUCGACGAAUGGUCUCGGAGUCAUUACGGAAGUAGAUUCGAUCAAAAGAUGAAAGCGGAGGAGCGCUUCAGAAAGAAAGCCGAACGGGAAGAGAUUUUUAAGACCCGGCUACAACACGAGUACAUCAUAUUUCCGCUGUUGUUUUUUUGCAUAUUAUAUUGUGCAAUUGUGUUUCAAGAGGGUUCUUACGAUACGCCUAAGCCGACCGCUAAAAAAGAGCCUUAAGAAGGCAAAUGUAGAAGACAAUGUGAAAGCAA